AUGGUUUUUUAGUUUUUGCUAGUUUUUAACUGAUUUCUCUGUUUCAAUCAAGCUAUAAAUUGGAAUUCCAGGCACCUGCCGCCAAGGAAAAAGCGCCCCCAACACCGGUCAAAAAAGAAGAAACUCGGACAGAACGCAAAGUUUCGCCGGAACAGCCGGAGGACCCGAAAACGGCCCGACAGUACGUUUUUCCCAUUAUUUUCAGCAAAUUGAAAAUUGAACGUAAACAAACUCUACGAAAAGUAACGUCUUGGGGAUUAAUCUGGCAGGUGUAUGUGUGUGGGAAAAAAACGCUGUGAUUAAUUAUUGUCUAUUUUUAGGUCUAGUACAACUAUUUUUAAGUUCUCAAGGUUUUCAGAGCGAAUAAAAUGCAGAUUUUAAUGGAUUAUAUGAUUUCUGAGGUUGAAAAAGUGGAAUUAAAUUUUCUCCGGGUGAAAAAUUGAUGUUUGAAAAUCUAUAAGCCUUCUGAAAAUUUAAUCUUGGUUGAGUUCAUUUCAUGAAGCUUUAAGAAAUUUAGGAGAAGCUCAAACAGGGGACUAAAUUUUACUUUUCGGUUGGGAAUUUUCUGAAAAAGGCCUGAACACUUCUUGAUGUACCAGAAGAAGAUUCUGAAAGUCUCAACUUGCACAAAUUUCCUAGUUUUCGAGAAAUGAGGUCUCAAAGCCUAAAAAUGGCCUAUUAUAACCGAUUUUUAGUGCUUUCUUCGACUUUAAGGUGUCCUUUUUCGAAAACUAGGAAGUUGUGCAGGUUGAGACUUUCAGGAUCUUCUUUUGGUACAUCAAGAAGUAUUCUUUUCAGGAAAUUCCCAACCGUAAAGUAAAAUGACCUUCCUUGUAAGCACAAGCUUUUGAAAUAGGAGAAAAGUAAUAAUAUACGAGCUAAAAUUGCUCGAAUGAAUUUGAUAGAAACUCGAGCGUGCUUUUAUAAAUUCUCAUAAACAGUUAAGUCGAGUAACCGAGAAUUUUUUUUUGAGAAUGUGAAUUUGAGUCAGAGAAGCUGUAGGAACUGAUUUCAAGAGGAAAAAUAGAUAAUAAUGUGUAAUUUUCAAAUUUUCCUUCUGGGAAAUCUGAAAACCUUCAAAAAUAUUCCGAAAUUUGAAUUUUUGAGCUUUUUUUUUUGUUCGAAAAACGGGUUUCUAUUAAUCUUGCGGGUGUAUUUUCUCAACAAAAAGAUGUUGUGAUUAAUUAACGCCUAUUUUUUUAGGCUUAGUACAACUUAUUUUAAAAACUAGAUGCAAAACAAAAUGCAGGAUAUAAUGUAGUCUAUGAUUUUUGAGGUUCUGAAUGAAAGUGAUCGAUCCCCGAGGUAUUUUUAAAAAAUUGUAAGCUUUUUCUUGGAAUUUUAUUUGAGCCUCAUGAAAGUUAGGAGAAGCUCUGAGAAAAAAGCUUUCGGAAAAAAAAACGAAAAAAAAAUGGUAUACGAAAGAGAAAGGAGCAAUAAGGUCGAAAUUGAAGCGUGUUUUGAGAAAUUUUAACUCAGAAUUUUUUCAAAACGAAAAAUUGAGUCAGAGAAGCUUCAAGAACAGAUUAAGUAGAUAAUAAUGUGUAAUUUUCCGAAUUUUAUUUUCUUCUAGGAAAUCGGAAAACUCAAAAUAUUCCGAAAUUUAACUUUUUGAGCUUUUUCUUUCUCGAAAAAACGGGUUUCUAUUAAUCUUGCGGGUUUAUUUUCAAGAGAAAAAAACGCUCUUAUUAAUUUACGUCUAUUUUUAGGCUUAGUACAACUUGUUUUGAAAAAUCGAUGCAAAAAUGCAGAAUAUAAUGGAGUCUAUGAUUUUUGAGGUUCUAAAUGAAAUUGACUGUUCUCUGAGAAAGAUUGAAUUUUUCAAAAAUUUGUAAGCUUUUUUUGAAAUUAAAUUACCACGGAGUUGAUUUUAUGAAGCUUUACGGUAUAAUAUUGUGAGUCAGGUAAAUUUAAUCGAAAAGAAUCAAGGUGACCAACAUUUGAGCGGGAUUUUAUUGAAUUUCACUGAAUAAUAGCUUUUUUUUGCUAAGAAAGACUGAGUCAGAAAAGCUUUAAGAAGUGAUUUCAAGAGGAAAAAUAGAUAAUAAUGUGUAAUUUUCGUCAUAGGAGUUCUGAAAAACCUCAAAAUAUCUUAAAUGUUGGUAUUUUUGACUUCUUUUUGCUUGAAAACAGCGGAGUAUGGAAUUUUUCAAUAGAGACUUCUACAAAAAAAAGCUUACUGGGAAAAUUUUUAGUGGCCACUAUAGAGGCUCGUAUUGGACUGCUUGGAGAGGACACUAAAGUGGCCACAAUUUUCCGUUUCAGUGGCCAUUUCAGUAGUUUUUCAUCCAGUAUUCCUUCCAAUAACUCUGAUAAUUUUGAAACAAACAGGACCAGUUAUGUUGAUCCAUUGACCCCUAAAGUGGCAACUAAAACUUUUAGUGGUCUAGUAGUAGCACUUAGACCUCUGUAGAGGCCACUAAUUUUUUAACCCCUUAAGCGGCCACUAAUUUGACUAAUAUUGUGGCCACUGAAAAUUUUUCCAGUAAAAUUUAUUAAAAUAUUAAAUUUAAGUUCUGUGUGUCUUAUCGAUGGAUUAUUUCCAGACAGCCAGUCAAAUCGGACUCCAGGGCUCCGUCUUUCGUUCCGGUGUCAGAAGGAGAAUCUUCGACGUCUUCUCGAAGAAGCUCUCUUCGUGCUCCAAUGAGCGCCAGUGCCUACCGGAUCGAAACGGACUCCUUGAACAUGCUCAUGAACCAGGUUCAUCCCAAAAAAGUCAAAAAUAUUUUAUUUAGAACGAUACAAAAACAUCGAAGCCUUUUUUUGAAAAAGUAUAAAGGGAAACAGAGCCAAAAAAAUGACGUUUUCACUGCCAAAGUCGGAAGUGCGAAAACGGGUGCAAAAUGAAACUGACUGCAAAAUGGCCACUAAAAGGUUACCCUUGGUGGGCUAAAAAGCCUUAAAAAAUGGUGCAAAAAGGUGCUGAAAGUCGCGGCCAUUGACGGUUUCCGAUUUCGUUACUAUAGCACAUUUCUUUUCAUACAGUCACUGGUAAAGAUUAUUUUCAAUUUAAAAAGUUUUGUGUUUUUCAAAUGGGUCAAAAAGGGUGGAUGAAGGACGAUGAAAGGACGAAAAAAAGAAGCAAAGAGGAAACUUUUGCCAUUUGUUUAGGAACAAAUAAUGGAAGCCUUUUUGCACUAAUAACGGAGCCCGUAAAGAGUCCUUCCGACUUUGCCUAUGUUGUUCAAAAAAGGAUAUUCUUAACUUUUUCAGAACCUUCAGUUUCUUUAUUCUAUUCAAUGCAAGAUUGUCUUGUUUGAAUGAAAAAUUUUCAGUUCAAAUUCCAAAUUUUUUCGCUAUUCUCCUUGUAGUUUUAGUCCCACAGUAAACCGGUUCAAAUCAAAUCAUUUAUUUUGUUGGUUUAGUCAUAGAUGUAUCGACUAGGCGGUGAACAAGAACUUUGAAAGCUAUAACGAACAACCGCCUUUGGCGAGCUAGAAGUCCAAACGUGUAGUCGAAAGAGUUGAAAGCAUGGUCUUACGGUGCUUCGCCUCGUCCUUCUGCGCGUAGUUCAUCCAGUUGCGCCUUGACGAGCUCAGAAUGUAGCAGAAGCGAAGGAAUUUCAAAAACUUUUCUAAAAAUAUAAUAUUUCUCUGCACCCAACCUUCAAGUUUCAAAUGAAAGAAAAUAGAUCUCGUUUUUCUGAAAUUUUAGCUUUUUUUUCGAGCUUUUCAGAGAAAUAUGUUAUUCUAAACCUUUUUUAGGAAAUUUUAGAAAAAUCUUUUCAAAAUAUUUUUUUGAAGCUGACUUUUUUUGAGAUAAAAGCCAAGAAACUAUCAAUUUCAGGUCCUUGAACAAAUGGAGAAGGGCCCAGUCAAUCUGAACAUGAUCGCUCGGAUCAAAGCUCAUCCGCUUUACGACACGAGGCCGAUGGUCAAAGUAAGAAAAAAAUAAAGUUCAAAAAUUCUGAAAAACCUUUCCAGGAACUUCUGGAAAGCAUAAUCGCCGCCCAGCCAGACAGCGUUCAGAAGCAAACGAGCAAAGUUCUGCAGCAACAGCAAUCUCAGGUUAUUCUUCGAUUUAUUUCUGCUCGGGUGACACUAACAUUUUCCUCACAAGGAGGGUUGGUAUUUUCCUGAAAAUUGGUCAGUACACUCCUAGAUAGGACAGAAGAAGAUUCGGAAAGUCUUACCCUAAACAACUUCCUAGCAUUUGAGAAACCUAGGAAAAUCUUCCAAAAUCCAAAGCAUCCGACUCAAAACGACUUGCGCGGAGAAGUUCUGAAACCGGAACGUUUUCAACCCUCCCUCGAGCAAAAUUCUUCGAAUAUUUUUCGUUCCAAACUCGCAAUCGAAAAAAAUCCCCGAUUUCUCAGAAACAAGUGCCUUGACGGAAAAAAAUGACUUUUUUUUUUGAAUUUAGGCGUUUUUUUUUUUGGUUUCUCGAUCGUUUCAAGUGUUUGCUCUACUGUAUAAAAUAUCUGUUUCCGAAAAAAAGGCGUGGCUAACCAAUCCAAUACCUUGUUCUGUGGAGCAAACUUGCUUCCUUACCCAUUAACCGCACCUUUUCCAACCGACUUCUCCGCUUUUCUAGACGUUCUCCCGGACGAGCACACUCACCCGCAAGAGCACCGCUUCUGUCGCCCCGCCUGAACCCGAAGAAAUCAUUCCGGAACCGCCGAAAUCCGCCAGAAACAUCAAGAAGGCGAUGAACGAAAGGCCUUGGCAUUCGGUCGAGGUUCUCUCCCCAAGUCUUCUUCUUUAACAAUCGAAUCUUUCAAUAAAAUCUCGGCUUUCCAUUUCUUUGCCGUUUAGUGAGGUGCUUGUCUUGAUCCCUCAGUUCUUUUUAGAGUUUAAUUUUUUCUCAACAUACUAAUUCCAUUCAAGGCCUCUCUAAACUGCAAAGAACUGCUGUAUAGCUAAUUCACGGCAAGCCAUCGAGAAAAUGGUCCUGACACGAUAAUGCACGAGAUAGCGCCUGGCUCGUGGAGAGCGCAGACAAGACACGCCCCCUUAACGGCCCAAGCUAGCCGUGAUUCAGCUAUACCAUGAUGAAAUUUAACGAACAAAAAUUUUAUAGUCUUUUUUUCGAGACUCCUCGUCUCUCGACGACCCUCUCAUUUUGACGUGCUCUUUUCAUGUUUCUCUGACCUGUAAGAGAACAGAGAGACGCAGACACUCGAAAACUUUCAAUUCGCGGUGAAUGGACUAUAAUGAAAUAUUUCCCAAAAUUCGAACGAAUCUCAAAAUUUUAAUUUAUUCUCUUUAGUUUCUGAAAUUUCUUUCCUGAUCAACUGGAUUCUCCAAACGCGGCAUGAUAGCUUAGAAUUUCCUGAACCAAAGAUUCAGGUCGGUUUUGAUCCGGAUGACGACGUCGAAACCGAAGGAAUGAACACUUCGAUCGCCAGCAACACUACCGAAGUCACUGUCCAGGUUGCUUCGAAACACUGUAUUUCGAGACAAAAAGAGACUUCAGGACACGUCCUUCGAAGACAGCGAAGACGAACGCGAGGCCCACCAGAAGACCCCGGUUCCGACGACGCCCGUGACGCCGAAAGUCGUCCUCGGACCCUUGGUCGGAGACAACUCUGAUCAGACGACCCAGACUGAAGUCGUCGAGGAGGAGGACACCGACGAAGAGGAAUAUACCGACAGUGAGAUGGAAGAUCUGGCGGAUGAGGUCGAAUUGGUAUGUUUUGACUUGAGGCUGAUUUGAGCCAUCGAAAAGUGGGUCCUUACACGAUAAUAAAAGAGAUAGUGCUUGGUUGGUGGAGAGCGCAGACACGCCACGCCUCCCUCAGCGUCUCAAGUUAGCCGUGAAUCGGCUAUAAAAUCAACUGAGAUUUUAAGUUUACUCGUAUAGUCUGUUCAGAUUUUGAAUUUCAAGUAGAAUGACGUCAUUCGAAAACGCUCUGCGGAUGGCUCGCUCUCUGAUUGGUUUAUCGCGUCAUUAGGGGGCGGAGCUUCAGCGAGAACCUGACAUUUGAAAUCUGAACAGACUAUAGAAUUUUUUUGUACUUUACUUAUUCAAAAAGAACCUCGGACUUUGGUCUCGCAAACCGGACGCUUUUCGGACGUGUCGGGGUAAUUCUAGUGAUCCCUUCAGCAGUGUCAGCCUUCUUAUAAGCCGAUGAAAACGACUCGCAUAUCUUUCUCAUCAUCAUUAUAUGAAACAAAUUGUUUUUUGAAAAACAGAAAGAAGAAUUCAGGUCGAGAAAAAGGUGCCCGAAAAGGCGGCGCCGCCACAAAUCGCGACAUCGCUCGAGCCGAACCCGCCGCCGGAUCCGUCGUCGUCGCCGCAGUUCCUCGACGCCUUCGACCGCGGUCUCAUCAAACGUCAAAGCAAGGGCAAAUACCAGGUUUUCCAUACUUCAUCUUCAUUUCAACACAAAAUACUUCCUUUUUUCUUGAUCGAAGGCUUCUAUUUCCCGCACGUCUAUCACUCUUUUUUGCCUGUCUUUUCCUGACUUUUUGAAAUUGGAUUUUUAGCAGUGAACUAGGGCACAUUUAGCUGGCAUUUUGACUGGGAACUUCAGAGUUUUGAGAAAAUUUCAUUUUCUGGGAUUUUUGAGAAAAAAGCCUCAAAGCUCAUUUUGCUAAAUAUUUGGUUAGAAAAUUGAAUUUUGAAUUUUUUCUUGGCUAGAAUUUGAAUUUCGAAGCUUUUUAUUGAUUAAAAUUAGGUUUUGAAGCUUUUCCAACUUUUUGACUUGCUGCUCAAAAAUUUCCAUUCGUCCACGAAUUUUAAAAGUCUGACAUGUCUGACAUGUCUGCGCUCUCUUUUCUCUCGCCAGCCUCUCUUCUUGAUUUUCAUAUACCUCACGGCCGAGAGAAAAGAGACUUAGACAGGUCAGAAUGUCAUAUUCGCCACGAUCCAAGAAGAUUACAUCGGAGAUAGUCCGUUUUCCGCGGCAUGAAAGGACCCGAUUUCUCCCUCCUCGUUUCUCGGGGACCCUCUCAUUUUGUCGUGGUAUUUUCAUGUUUCUCUGACCUCACGUGGGAGAGAACAGAGAGACGCAGACACUCGAAAACUUUCAAGUCGCGACGGAUGGACUAUAACUUCCGGUCCAGUUUUCAUAAGAUUCUGAAGUUUCGAGUUGAACUGCCCCUCUCGAUAGCGAAACUCUCACAUUCUGAUUCGAUUCCUCAGCCUUCCCCCCAAAGAAAGGCCCAAUUUGACCAAGCCGGCACGGUGGCGGGUUGAAGUUUCAGCAUACGCUGGUGAACAUGUACGGUCGGGGCGUUUCGACGGAAUGCGAGUCGCCGACGACGACCCGCAAGUUCUUCGGAGGUCCGCAGCCGGCGCCCGAACUCUCGCCUUUCCUUUUUGACAAAGUAUAGUCGGAGUAGUGAUGGAUUGCAUGGGUUUGGUGCAUGUCUGUGUGUGCGUUUUGUAGAUGAUCAGGCCUAGUUUUGAGAUAUUUUCGUCAAGAAGAAACUGAAAUAAAAAUCAGGUAAGGAGUAGGUAAACUUGAACAGGCUUCGUUAGGAUCGCCUUAGUCGGGAAAAACUUACUUCGGAACACCAAGUGGUCCCUUAAGGGGUAAAGACCACUGUAGGGACCAUCUCACUUUGAAGGCUCUUGAAAGUUGCCAUUUAUGGACCCUACCUCCUCUUAUAAGGGGCACUAAAUCUUGCACAAAUGACCACUUUAGGGACUUUUUCCUUUCAAAUCAUGAAAAAAAAUAAUAUCAAAAGAAAACUGUAUGGACCAUUUGAGCUUCAGAAACCCUAAACUCCUAUAGGGAUUUCCUAAAUUUUAGCCCUCUUAGGAAGCUUUUUUUUCUGUCCCCUCUAGGGACCGCUCUGGCGCUUGAAUUUUGAGCCCUUAUUCUUCUAAAAAUCGAACUUUCGUGCUACUUUGAGAAAGUUCUCUAGAAUUAUGAAUUUCGAUCAGAUAAUUAUGUUUUCUUUGCAAAAAAAUUUGAAAUCAGAAAAGCACAGAAACAUUUAGAAUGGAUAAACAAUAUAAUGAAGUUCGUUUACAGAAUUUGUGGGGAAAUUGGGAUUUCCAGUCAUUUUCCCUUGUUUCGCUGUCCUUGUCUUUCUGAAAUCACCUCUAUUUGUCGUUUUCAAGCCAUUAUUCCCUCGAAAUGACUUUUUCUUUCAGGCCAAGGAGAUGAUCAUGCAGUACCCCAGCAACAAGCUUGACAAGCGCGCCAUCGAAAUGGAGCAGCUCCGGCGGAAAAAGAAGCUCGAGAAGGUCAAAGCAGAUCUCCUGGCUCAACCCAAGGAGGGCGAGAAGCCCAGGAAUAUGUAAGAAAAUAUACUUAUAAGGGAAUGCCAAAAGCGGUGGAAGAGAAUUUAAUGAACCUUCAUAGAAGGGUAAACCUACCAAUUAAAGAUCAGUUGAGAUUUUACGAAUAAAACAUUUUGUUUCGAAAAUGUGACGCUUCAAAGUUUGCAGAUGAGAUUUAGUAUCUAUUGAUCAAUUUAACACCAUCCCUCCAAAAAAAAGAAACGAUUUAUACAUCAACUUUCGAGGGGACUUUAAUCAAAAAGCUCUAAAGCAGAUCAAUAAAUUUUCAUCAGACUUUAAGCCCCUGUCGCACUUCUCUUGUUAGAAACGCGAACUUUCAAUGAAACCUAUUUUUAGUUACGUCGGAUCGGUUCCGCCAAGGACGCCACCACCGAUCAGCGUCAAGUCCGACGGCGAGCAGUCCGAAGAAGAAGAAGAGGAUGAGGUUGGAAAAGGGGAAAAUGAGUAUCUGGAGUAGCGCUAUGGAGUAGUUAAUGAGUUUUCAAACUCGAUUUAACCGUUAUUUUUUUUGUAUGCACUAACCAACGUAAGAAAAAUCUGAAAAACGUGAUUUUGUGCGAAGAAUUUUCGUCCUGCCACAAGAAUCUUCAAAAGGAACUUAUCAAUAAAAAUUUCCUUUUUCCUGAUGUCCCCUCACAGCAGGAACAACAUAAGCGCCAAAAAAAAAACGUAGAAAAGGUUGAUUUAAACUCGACGCGAAUUUCGAUUUUUUCUCAAUACUCGGUUUUGAAAUGACCCUACGUCUCAAAAUGGUGCAUUAAAAUAAGGAGAUAUUAAUGUUCAGGAGGAAGACGAGGAGUCCGAGGAGGAAAGCGACGCCGAGAUCGAGAAUGUCCGACCUCGUGGGGCUAUCAUCAGCUCCGUUAGGAGAGAUGAUGGAGGUGAGAUUGGUGGAGGGAAAAUUUCAUUCAAUGCGUCUCAGAAUUUGAAAAUUUUAAAAAGAGAGUGAAUCCAUAAGCUUAAAUAGUAUCCACAGUAGCGCUUGAAAAAUGAAAAAAAAUGAAAAAAUGAAAAAAAAAAAUGGAAAAGCUCAUUUUUCAACACAUGUGCGCUCCACUGAUAUUUUUGUGGAAUGGUCGUUUUUAACUGUUUUUACGACGUUUCUAUGUUUUUUUAACUUGAUAUUUUUGCACAAGAAAAAUAACUUAUUUGCAGGUAUCAUUUUUUUAAAAAAUCAAAAAAAAAAAAAUGAAAAAAAUUUAGUUCAUCUUUGCUCCAUCAGAUUCUAUAAGUCCCUAACCAAAUUGUUUUGAUUCAAACUCCUUAGACGAAGGUGUUACAAGUGACGGGUCGUAAAUCGUGUCGUCCCCCUCUAAAGACCCAAUGGGACGAUUUAUUAGCCACUGUGUUAUUUGUCGUUAAUCUUCAUCAGGAAUGUCUUUUCUGGGCUGUUUUGCACUAACGCCUUUUGUCGUCGUUCAGGAAACGUAAUCAUGAAGCAGCAACCGACUCCAGUCCACGUCCAGCGGCCCAACUUCCUGCCGAUGACGUCACCCGUGACGUCAGCCAACGGAUUGGCUUCCUCUACAGGUGUCUUUGUCUGCACUAACUUUUUCAGCUUUGUCUGAUGUUUCCGGGUUUUGAAAAUGCUUGAAUCGCAGAAAUAAGCAGAUUAGCUUUAAAAGUUCAUAGCUUGCAAAAUGCAUAACCAAACCGAGUGAACCAAUGUUUGAAUGUAAAUGAAUAAAUGAAUCAAAUUCUAGAACUGGCUUAUUUUAAAGAUGUCCGUCUGCCUACGCUCUAACUCUUUUGGCUUUUCCUAAGGGCGUUAUAUUUAGAUAAAGAUGAAUAUUGAGACUCCGUUAGGAAAAUUCAUAAUUUGCUCUAAUCGCAACUGCACCGCGUGAAUCGAACUCUUUAAAUGGAUUAUUCUAAAGAUGCCCGUCUGUCUAAGCUCUAACUUUUUGGCCUUGUCUGAUUCUUCGAAUAAAAGAAUUGCACAUCCUGUCGCAAUUUUAUUUAUUUUUUGAUAAGUUGGUGAUUAAAUGAUUGACAACGUCACUCAGAACAGUGAAAUAAAAUAUUCGUGAGACUGGAAUAAUUCCCCUCAGUUUGAAACGGCAGAGUUGCGAUUGAAAUCGCUCGGAUUGGCAGUUUUAUUAUGUGCUUGAUAUAAAAACCUCCAGGAGUAGAUUGAAAAUAAGAUAGCCACGGAUUUCUAACUAAAUUUUCUUUUCAUGAAAAGCUUUAAAACAAUACACCAUUGGGAUCAGUGUUGCAUGGAAAAAUAAUGGAAUAUGGUAAUUUGGGCGUUUUGAAAUCGAACGACAACUUUGUCCGUUUCAAUUUUGAAAAAAACAGCGGAAAUCGCUUCAAAAUAUUUCAUUCAACUUUCAAACUUUCCAGAAACAAUCAAGCCUGGCACCUCGGCCAAGUACCUCGUGACGGUCGCGGAACUUCGGAUGAAACCGACGUCGGGCACGAAUUCCGGAGCAACGACGGAGCCGAAGCCGUACCACCGGCCAGUGAGCAAGCAGAACGGAUCGGAUACGCCGACAGAGGCUCAGGCCAAAGAAGAGCCCCGAAGCGUUGAUUUGGCCUUGUCUGAGAGGAGGUUUGUCCGGAUUUGGUGCGAAAUGUGUGGAAAAACUGAUCAAGAUCUUUGAUUCAAGAGUUAAGCUCUCAUAGGGGGGAAAGGGGGGGAUAUAUUUAGUUGGAGGUUUGGAAUGCUAUAUAAACUUUUCAACACUACCCUAGGAUAUAUUGGUUUUCGAAAAAUCGGUGAGGUUUGAGUUUUUGGCCUGAUUUUGUGAAAAAACGGGAAAUAUGGGAAAAAAAAAUUUCUGAAAAAUCGGCGCAGUUUACGACGAUCCCCUUACGUGAAAUUAAAAGAUUUAUAGAAAAGAAAAUUUCAAAAAAAUUCCAAACCUCACAUUAAACCAACCUCCAAUGUCGAUUGUUUUUAUAGAAGAACUGAAAAAUUGAUUUGAAAAGAAUAGUAGGCGAGAGAUCAGAGACGCUUGAAGAGACGCCAGAGAAAGAUAGAGCUCUGCUUCUCUGGCGUCUCCGCAGGCCAAAGUGCUCUCUAGCUAACCGUUUAUCAUUUUUAGCCCCCCUUUUCGCGAGAAAACUUUUUACCUCAUAGCUUUCUAACUUUACUUUUCCCGACUUCUAUCGACUUUCCUAUCCUCCUUUACUCCUUCAGAACCUCGGAAACGAAUCCGUUGUUCCGCCCAAAUGCAUAUAUGGCGUCGGACCUCUACCGACGCAUCAAUUCGUUAGUUUUUUUUUAGUAUAGAAAAAAGAACGUUUUGAUUGCUGUUAGUGAUAGCGGUUUGACGUUGUUGUGGCUUAUUUUUUUGGAUGAUGUGGCUUAUAACCAAGAAAAGUUAGGAUUAUUCUCUUUUACAGACUAAAUUAUAGUUAAAAUUAAGUUUUAAGCUUUUUUGAAAACUUCAUAAGAUUAAAAUAUUUAGAAAUCUCAUCUUUGAAUAGUUCUGCGCGCAAACCCUUUCAAGUCGGGUGCGAUUUGGAGCAACCGCAACGCUUCAAGCCAUUCCAAAGACACCACUCUAGAGGCUCGCCAAGGACUACUUGAAGAGGGCUUCAAAGUGGCCACUAAACCCACCUCUAUAGUGCCCACUAUUUUAAGUUUUAGUGGCCACUAUAGAAGUUCUCUAUUUAGUGGCCACUUCCGUAGUUUUUCAUCCAGUAUUCCUUCCAGUAACCCUGAUAAUUUCAAAACAAACAGUUUGGACCAGUUAUGUUGAUCCAUUGACCCCUAAAGUGGCCACUAAAAUGUUUAGUGGUCUAGUAGAAGCACUUAGACCUCUAUAGUGGCCACUAAUUUUCAACCCCUUUAGUGGCCAUAAAAAUUUUUCCCAGUAAUUACUAUCCAGUUUCGAGAAAGGAACAAAGGUCAAAGAGAUUUAGCUCUCAAUUGCUUAUUGGUACGACGUUUGAAGUUCACUAGGUAGAAUGGCUCAACGCGUUGCGGCUGCGCUGCGGCUGUAGUUAGAACAUCAAAGGCUUCAUCAACCUUAGGGUUCUCCAAGUCGUUUUGUAGUCGGCCGCAUAUUUUUUGUGUCUCUCUUUGAGCCUAGAUCCACUCUUUGUGCGAUCAAAAUUUAUUUCAAUUAGAAACAUUUUCGAAAUCGGAUUUUAGUAGGAAAAUGAAAACAUAGUGUAAAUUUACUCAGUUAGGUUUUCAAGAAUCCUGCAUGCCUUUUCCAACCGUCACAGUCUCCAUUUUCCGUCCCCCUUUUUGCGAUUUGCGUGAUUGCCCUAACGCUUCGCUUGUGCUUACAGCGGCACCAGAAAGACGCCAACCAAGGAGCCGGUUGGCCCAAAAAGCAGCCUUCAUGAAGAGGACGACGGUCCGGACCACGAGGGCAAGGAGUCCUGGGAAAGCGCGGCCGCCUACAUCCGAAGGAAGAAUCGAGAACGACGUCAUCGGAAUCGGACCAUCGGGACUGCCGACGAAGUCUUGCGGUAGUGUGCCUUUGGUGUCGCAGUUGGGAAUCGGUGUAGAAAGGGGCGUGGCCAGCCGCGACGCGACCGCAACGCGAUGUAACUUCCCGAAAAUAUGCUUGGAAUUCUCUAGAUAGCCUUAAAUUUAGUUCAAGUUGGUUGUAUGGUUUUUUUUUUGAAAAUGGCCUGGCUUAAGAUUUUCCGCUAGCCAUUCCAAAUGCGACCACAGUAUUAAACGAGACAUUUAGAGUUUUUUUUUUCAAGGGGCAUUAGUUUCUUUUGAAGUUAGUUGUGAAGAAAAAACGUUAAAAAAAUCAGAUUUUCUGACCGUAUUUUAAAACAAUCAAGGAUAUUUUUUUUUUUUUUAAUGAUAAGAAAAAAUUUAAACGCGUCGGCGGCUGCGUCGCGGUCAAUCACGAAUUUUUCCGCACCAUUCCUCGAUUUUUUUUAAUUCUCUGUUAUGCGUAUUUUAUGCUUUUUUUAGUUCAGUCGCUUUUUUUUUCGCCCAUCCUGUGCUUUACCAGCUUUUGGGAGUUCUUACUAGUUGUAACUGACCAAAUUUUUUGAUUUUUUGAUUUAUUUUAUGAAGGAUUUUCAAGUUUUAUCCUUCUUUUUUCAUUUCAGGGCUCUUGAGAGACCGUCGGUGGAGCACACUUAUGAAGGUUUGUGUGGAAAUUCGAGUAGAGAUGGAAUUUCGAAUUUUUUUCAGAUCGAGCCUUCUCACCGAUUGAUCCAUUCUACGCUCAUCAUACUGGUAAAACUUGAAUUUUUUUUAUCGAUUUUCCAAGAGAUUUCAUGAAAAAAAUAUUGAAAUGAGUUAAAGAGCAUAUAAAAAAAUGUACAAAUUUAACUUUUAUAGAAAAAAAUGAAUCUAUACGUUUUUUUGUUUGAAUUUUACUGAAGUCCCCCUCACACCACCAAACCUACAGGAAUAUUUUUUUACAGUAAUCCCAGCUACAGUACCACAGUAUCACUGUAGGAGUGUGUCAGGGAGGGGGGCUACACACUUCUGAACUUUUUUUUAACUUUCCAGUCAACUUUUGAAUCAAUUUUGACAAUCCGAAAUAUGUUUUGAUGUUUCUCGAAGUGUUUCAUGAGUUUAUGGGUGAUUUUCUUUUUCAAUAGGUUAUGGAACUUUCCUAAGAAUAUUUCCUUCAGGAGCUGCUCACGGCUCUUCUCUCCUCGGCUACGUUCGUCCCCGGUAUCAUGACGACAGCUAUCGGGUUCACGACAGGCCUUCGUCUCCAACUAAAUAUGUGAGAUUUUUAGAGUUUCUGUAAGAAAAUAGACUUUAAACAGAGUCGAAUAAGACUAAAUUUGUACAUUUUCAAUAUUUAAAUUGAAAAAUAUUAAUGGAAUUUACCAGCUUUCAGAAGAGUUUAUACUGUAAGCUUUUUAAAGAAGAAAGAGAGUUCAAAGUUGAUGAAAAUGCAAAAUUAUAAUUUUUCUGGUUUCCCCACCAUUAUCUAAUGACAACAAAUCCAUGAAAUUACGCAUUUUUCAAAAAUAAAAAAGAAAGGAAAAUAGAUUGAAAUAGAUUUUCGAAAGUGUUUUCACUGUUUCUGAUCCUAAUAAUAAAGCUUUAAAAUUUUAUUUCAUCAAUUUGAGUGAAUGCCGGAUUGUUCUUCCAUUGGUCUGCAAAAAAUUAAAGUUUUCUUUCAAAUUUCAGAAGGAAUAUUUUUGAAGUAAAAGUUUUCGGUUUCAAAGCGCCUCCGUAGCCAACCAAGUGAUGAAUGAACUAUUCGGCCAAAUUACUCGAAGAGUUCCUAUCAAAUAAAAUACUCACAAGAGAGGUCAUUUUACUUGGCGCUUGGGAUUUUCAUAAAAAAAAUAGCCAGAACAAUCCUUAGUGUACCAGAAGAGGACUCUGAAAGCCUCAACCUGCACAACUUCCUCGGUUUUGGGAAAAGACGUCUAAGUCAAAAAAAAACCCCCCUAAAAACCCAUAAAAAUGGGUUAUUUUGGGGCUUUAAGCCAUUGUUUCUCGAAAACUGGGGGCUUGUGCAGGUUGAUACUUUCAGGAUCCUCUUCUGGUAUAGUCGAUGUGCCACGACUUGAAAUUUCAUGGAACGAGACUCCGCUGUUCUUGUGGUUCUUGUGCGCGCUGUCGCGAAGCAUCUCGCCUUUUCGAAACUCGGUCGCGUUUUCAUUUUUUUUUUCUUUAUUCUAGAUGUUCAUCAUAAUAAUUAUGUUUUUUUAUUAUUUUUUUAAAAAUAUAAAUAAAAAUAGUGAAAAUGGGAAUUUUAAAAAAAUUGAAAGCGCGACCGAGAUUCGCAAAGGCGAAGACGCAUUCACGGCCACGCAGCGGAGUGUCGUUCCAUGAAAUUUCAACUCGUGGCACACAGACUAUACAUCAAGGAGUAUUCUGGCCGAUUUUUCAGGGAAUUUCCAACCGCAAAGUUAAAUGACCUCCCCUGUCAGUUAUCACAACAAUGAAAAUUAUCUAAUUAUCUUCACUACCGGUCUUUGCCCACGAUUACAAAUGAAUCAGAAAGCGAGAAACGAGAAGGUGUUUCCCUACCAAAACUGUAUAGUUUGACGUGUGGGGGGCAUUAUGGAAGGCGAAAUAACGACGCACCUGUUUGAAGAAAAACCGCCGUCUUCGGCAUUAUAAUCAAAUUAAUGAUUACGAGCGACAUCGUCAAACUUGAUACCGUUGUGUGGAAAUGACUGCGUGAAAUGCGCCAAAGUUUAUAUCUUUCUAAGCUUGAAAGUUAUUGGCUCAUUUAGGGUUCAUUCACCUUUGACUUGACAAGGAAGUUCGUUUAACUUUACAGUUAAGAAUUCUUUUGAAAAUAGUUGAAACACUCCUUGAUGUACCAAAAGAAGAUUCUGAAGGUCUAAACUCUCAAAACUUCCUAAUUUCCGAGAAAUGAGGGCUCAAAGCUUCAAAAUGGCCUAUUUUCCCGGAUUCUAGGUGUCCUUUUUUGAAAACUAGGAAGUUGGGCGGGUUGGUACUUUCAGAAUCUUCUUUCGGUACAUCAAGUAGUGUUCUGGCCUUUAAGAAAAUCCCAACCUUGAAGUUGAAAGAUCUGCCUUGUAAGAUAAUUAGAGAAAUAGUGUGAAAAAAAGUAGAGGUUUAGAGGUCCCAAUAGGUCCUUUUUUUGUCUCAAGUCUGCGUUGAAUUGAAUAUAAUUUCAAAUUUUAUUCGAAAAAUUUAAAAAUCAAAACUUCAAUCGCAAAGCUAGCUACGAAAUAAAUUUAGAAAAAAAUAAUUCUUUUGGCAGGAUUUUUUUCAAAAAUUUCCAUACAAUCUUCGAAAAAUUUCAAAAAAAUCUAUCUUUAUUUUUUUAUUUUUUUUCACGAAAAAUUUUUUUCUGAUUCAGAGGGCAAAUUGUACGCUAUUUAAUGCUUUUUUUCAACAAUAAGUUUUGAAAAAAAUUGAGUUUUGAAACGGCAAAAGUUUGAAAAAAAUUUUUAAAUCUCAAAAUCAAUAACUAUUUUUUUAUCAUAAUGCUCCAUAAACCUUUGCGAUUCUUAUAAAAUUGUUUUUAAAGCCGUUCGCUUCACAUUUUAAAUUUAAAAAGAGAUAAAAUUGAAUACCUCACCCUUAUUUGCAUUAAAAAUCAUCCCUAUCUUCAUUCCACCAAAAGCUUUCCAUUCCUAAUCUGAUAGGAGGAAUCAGCUGUGUUCCUCAUGUUUGGGCGUUUCGUGAGAAGAAAAAAGAAAGGCUGAAAAAAAAGUGGGCGUGGCCUAAUGACGGUGUUUUUGUCGCGUGUGGGCGUUUCGCCUUUUGCGGCACGGAAACAUUUCGUCUGGGCCGUGCCCCGCCUAAUUCCAUGCUCAUUUACAACUUGGAUUGGGUAAUUUUUUCCUAUUAUCGUAGAUUUUUAACUUAUUUAAAAAAUUUAGAGGUUCUCAAAAAAUUAAUUCAAAAAAUCACCGCUUUUCCGUCUUCUGAGCGUUCAAUUUUUUUUAUCAUUUUUCAGACUAUUUUGAGUUUUUUUAAAAACUUUUUCCUAAUUUCUAGUUUUCAUAAAAAUCUUUCUCUUUUUCAUGUAGGAAAAUGCAUUUUUCUGUUUCAAGAGCUAAAAAAAAGAAUUUUUUGGGUUUAGACAAGGUCCAAAAUGUUGCAUGAUUAGGGAUGGUAUCUACUUUCCAGAAAUUUAAUGAUAAUAAAUCGAUUUUUUUAAAUACAUUUAUUAUUUUUUUGAACAUUAAUGCGCCACACUAUAAUGAUAAAAGCAAAAUAAAAAUCUUUUUAUAUCUGUCUUGAUGCAGAGAAGUCCGGUAGGCUCGAAAUUGGGUGAGCAUGUAUAAUUCAUCAAUUGGUAGCAUUUGAACUAGAAAUCAGAUCGAUUAAUCUUUCUCGAAUUUUUUGUAAAGCGAUUUCUACGAUUCUCCGCGAUUUUGUCUAACGUUUGGAGCUAGGCAAAAAGAUAGGCAAUGAAUUUCCUACUAAAUGUACUUUAAAAAACUCGAAUAAUAUUAUGGAUUUCCGCGGCUUAGAAAGCCACCUGAAUAAAUAGGGGGCACGGAAGUGAAAUACAGCCUGUUAUGAGUCAGGUUAUAUUCUCUAUAACUCCUCAAGAAAUUUAAAUCAAACGUAAUCGAUAAAGUAAUAUUUUUCCGCUUUUAAUCAAGUGAAACCGUUUUCAGUCGGCUGCUGUGAGCCGAGAAGAGCGGGGCAAAUCCACCUCCUAUGACCCAUUCGAGCACAGGUAAAUCCUUUCUUCAAUUAUCAUUCUCCUCAUAUUUUCCUUUUGUUAUUUCGAUCUCACUGGUCAAGCAAAGUGUUCAGUGUUCCUCGUUUGUCCCAAAAUUACACACAAAAAUGUUGUCACACCGUCCAAAACCCGGCGUAAUUUGCUUUUCGGCCUUCCUUUUUUCUCUGCCUUUUGUCCGUUUCGCUCCACCGUACACGAACACUUUUUGUCCCUUCUCGGCUCGUUUUUUAGUGGUUCCUGAGCUGUUUUUUAUUUAUUCCCUCGUUUCUGAUCGUGUCGACAUGAAAUACAGGUCGGAGGCCUUUGUUGGAUGGUUUGAAUCGGAAAAAGGCUUGGAAAAAGGAAAUUUCAAAAUUCAAGUCGUUUAAAAGAUGAUAGCGGUUGUUUUGAAAAACAGAGAAAAAUGGAUUGUUGAGUUUUUAUUGAUUUUUUUAAAAAAAUUAAUGAAUUUAUCCGUUCUUGAGAACCCUAGAAUGGUCCCUAUAGAGGCAACCUUAGGGUCCCUAGAAAAUUCCCCUUUGGGCGCCCCUUCCCCUCCCCCUUUGGGGGGCACUUAUGCUAGCAAAAGUGGCCUUUUUUAAUUUUUAGUGCCCCCUUUAGGGUUUUGACAUUUAAGCGCAGUGGAUUCAAAGUUCUCAAGUUUAGAAAUUGUUGUUUUUUUUUAAAUCUAGGUUGUUGAUGAUUUCAAGUUUUGAUUGACUUAGACCUGUAAGAAAAUAACGAACAAUAAUCAGUACAACUUUUCUAAAAUUCAAAAUUUCACUUUGAAACAGAAAAAUAGGGUUUCCAUUAGAAAAAAAAAUUGAAAAACUGAAAAGAUACCUGUCAGUACUUUUCUGCGUAAAAUCAUUCCCCCUCAAAAUUAUUUCAUUUUUUCAGAAAUCCCUACGAUCGUACCUACAUUCCGGCGCCAAACGCCAGUCCAAGCUAUGGACGAAAAUUCGACCACGAUGUUCGUUGAAUUCAUUUUUCCUCCAAUUUACUGAGUUUAUUGAUAAUUUUAAGCUUCUCCGAUCGCUACCAAAAACGAGGCUCUGAUAAAAAUGAACAUAUUUUAAAUGACAUAUCGUGAAAAUCUGUGAUAAUCUUCGAAGGACGAGUUUGCUGUCGUGAUGUGUUUGUGGAAAAGAUUCAAAUGGAAAAUACGUUUCAUUUCAUAUUUUUAUGUUGUCUAUUUCAUCAAGAUUUGUUUACCUGGAUGGGAAGUUUUCAACAAAUGAUAAUGAUAUAGCUGAGAGGCCACUUAAGCGACCGCCAAGCGAAAAUUCAUACUUUUAGGAUGCUUAAAAAUAUUUCUAGUCACAUUAAUAUAAAGAAAAAAGCUAACACUGUGUAAGAACCUGAUUUAGAGUUAGUUUUCAUUAUAUUUUGCCUUGAACCUUUCAAAUAAAGGUAGAAAAAAUGAGCGGUAUUUAAUUCUAACAUGACCUAUGCUUUUAAGAUUAUCAAAAAAAUAUUAAUAGGCUCAGAAAUAUACAUUUCAGAGUAACAACUGGGCGAGUGAACCACGUCGUUUUGAGGUCUACAAAACGAGAGCUGAACGGGAUGCAGAAAGGAAUACCUUGCACACAACGCCGUGAGAAUAUUCCAAACAAAUUGAAUAGGAGAAAAUACGGAAAUUGACAAAAAAGAAAGAAAAAAAAACGUUUGCCGAAUUUCCUCGAAGAUUUUUUAUAGUGAGGAAUAUAAAAAAGAUUUUAAAUAAAACACGUCAUUGUCAAAAAAAAAAAUUGACGUGAACUUUGCGCGUAAGGAAAAAUGUUUGGUGUGCACGUGGUGCUUGCGGCCAAAAACAAAGCAACCCACGACAAACGGCAAAAAAACCUUUUUUUCUAAUUUUCUGAACAGUUAUACAAAAAAACGGGGGAUGUUAUCACAACUAUUUAAUUUUCUUGCUACUUCUUAGUGGUUCUCGAUAAUUAAAUGUUUAUAAUUUAUCUAAACGGUUUCACGUUUAGCUGAUUUUCAAUUUUUUUUUCUCCCUCCAAUAUGUUAUAAUUUUUUCCUUUUAAGUAUAUCGCAAGUUUUAUUAAUUUCCAGAACGGCAGCGACCUCGUACCGCCCGUCUUCCUAUUAUUCGGAUCGGCCGGUAACUCUCGGCUACAGAAGGACCGAUGACGUCAUGAGGCCUGGAGUCGAAAGUUAUUCCACCUACAGGAGAUUCGACAACGAUAAUCGAGCCAGUGAGGAUUUCUCAACUUGAAAAAAAAAACAAUUACAAGAUAAUUAGGUUUUUGAGAGCGUUCAUGUUAGUUUCCAAUAAUUUCAUCUUUUGAAAAAUUGACUGUUUAUUAUUUUCUUUUUUUCCAGCCACUCCUGGAAAUGAUCAUUACGGGAUCUCAGCGGUCACUACAGAGCAGCCGUCUGGCGGCGCAAGUCGGUAGGAAAUUGAAUAAACCUCUCAAAACGGUGAUCGCAUUUUUAAAGAUUCCGGCCGUCAACUCGCCGCGUCGUUUCUGCCUUGAACGAGGCUGACAGAAGAGCUUAUAACAGAAGUCGUUCGAUGGACCGCAACAAGGUCGAUCUCGACUUCAGUGGUCCGUUUUUACUUCAUAUACGUUCUGUAUACUCUUUUUAUUAGCAAAAAUGAAUGGUUCACCGAAAAUAACUGUCUAGUUCCGCGCGAGAUAAGAGCGAUGUCGCGGGCGGUAUGACGAUGUCGCAAAUGAACCGCGUUGUCGCCGCCCCGAACAAGCAUUUCUCUGGUGUUUCUCAUGCACUUUUAAAACAGUUUUCUCAAAAUAAAAACUUGCGGCGAGAAAAAUGCGAUAUCGCGCCAAAGACCGGGCCCCGCUACAAAGCAGCACGUUUUGCGAUAUCGUCAAUGCAUCGCCUGUGAUCUCGCUUUUCAUUUGGAUACUCAUUCUUGCGGAAGAUUAUGGCGGUACAAUGGCGACAUCGCAAAGGAACCGCAUCGUUCUUGCAUUUUUCUUGAUGCGACAUCGCAUUUCUCUCGCAUUUCUCACGCAUUAAAAAAUUUGAAAAUUUUCAAAACGCAAUAUUGUCAGCCUUAGAUAAAAGAUUAAUAGUUGUAAACAUUUUGCAUCAUUUUCUAUAAUUUCAUUAUCCGUGAGCAGUUUCUUUUUAUAAUAAAAAUAUAAAGUAGAAAGUUCCGAUCAGUUUCUCAAAGUCUGAAAAAAUUUUCUCACGGUAUUUGAAAAAAAAUUUCCAUUUACAGGGACAAUCGAGUAGGGAAAAAGUACGUGAAUUUAGCUUUUCUCAAUAUUUUUUCGAGAUUUUCAAGUUUUGCCAUCAAAUUGAAUCUCGUUUCUGUUUUCAAAGAAGCCUUUAGAAAAUCUCUGUUUAUCUUUUUUUCGCUCAAUUCUUGCUUUGGAAUGAGAUUUACCUCUUGAAACGAAGUAAUUUUGAAGGGGAGCAAAAAUCAACAGCAGCGACUGAAGAACGGUCCAACGGUAUGAUAGAUAUUUCUAGCACGAGCACUUCUUUUUUCCGACUUUUCUUUCAAAAACACUUUUUUUCACUCUCUCUCUCCUAUAUCUAUUCUCACCCUCUUCCUAUCUUUAUGUUUCUGUUUCAACCUCUAAAAUCUAUAUAUACUUCAGAAAUCGAAUAUUCAUGAAAAUAGAUGAUUUUCCAGUGAACCGAUCGCGGUUGAUGACCCCGGAUGCUCCCGAUUAUUCCUACGUGAAUUAUCACGAUUCUUCGAACGGCCGUUCCAGUGUUUCGUUCGACGAAAGAGGCCAGCCGAGGGGAAUUCUGAAGAAUAAGCAGGUUCGUUUGGCACUGGAAUGGGAAAACUCCAGGGUGGCCACUAAAGAGGCUCGCCAAGGACUACUUGGAGAGGACACUAAAGUGGCCACUAUUUUCUGUUUUAGUGACCAUUUCAGUAGUUUUUCAUCCAGUGUUCCUUCCAGUAACUCUGACAAUUCUGAAACAAACAGAUUGGACCAGUUAUGCUGAUCCAUUGACCCCUAAAGUGGCCACUAGGAUUUUUAGUGGUCUAGAAGUAGCACUUAGACCUCUAUAGGGGCUACUAACUUUUAACCCCUUAAGUGGCCACUAAUUUGACCCCUAUAGAGGCCAUUAAAACGUCAAAUCCCUAUAGUGGCCUUUCUCAGUAAAUACCAAAACAUUGAGAAGAGAUUUCCAGAGCUCUGACUUGGAUCCGCGAGAAUCUUCAACCGGUGCUGUUGGAAGCUCUUCAGCUGGUCCAGUUCGAUCGGUAAUAAAUCCUAUCUUUUAGGAACAGACCAUAGAAAUGGACGAGAUUGACCCUCUUAUGGAAAAUUUAAAAAAUUAUUCAUUUUUCUGAGAUUCCAACAGUCGGUCUCGUCCAUCCAAUCACAUUGAUUUCCACUCCCAAAACGUAGUUUUUUGCGGUGUCCUGUCAGAAAAUGUCCUUUCGACUUCUACGCAUGUUGCACGCGUAAACGGCAGAAAGGAGCGCGGCCAACAGUUCCAUCCAAUUCUAUGUUCCUUUCAUUCAUUGAUUUCUCCCUGUCACGAAGCAUUCUACAGGUCAUCGACCGGCUCAAACGGCACCUUUCCUUCGAGAAAAGCGUCUCCCCGCAGCGGCAGGUCAGCAACGCGUGCCAACAAUCUGAAUUCCCACGAUAAUUAACCUUUUUUUGAAAGUUGCAUGUCGAUAUUUGAGUUUAGCUCUUUAAAAAAUGCCUCAAUGAAAGUGAGGGUUCAACGGCGAUCACAAGAGACGCCAGAGAAACGGGAAAUUCAUCAUUCAAUGUAGACUCUCCUUUGGCGCUGAUCUCUAAUUUUUUUUUCUCAUAACUUUAAAUUUUUUUUUAGAAGUUGUGCAGGGUCCUGGAAUGAUCACUUUAGGGAUGUUAACUUUUUUUUGAAAGGUUAUAAAAAAUAGCUACGUAAGGCCUGCGGACGUUUCUGAGCAUUCCUAGGGAUCACUUAGGAGUUCCGAAGCCCCUAAAGUGGUCACUAGAAAUGCCCAGUAAAUCUAUUAUGCGUUACCGAGGACCAAGAAGAAUUAUUUUUGUUUCAAACUUAGCCAUGGAGCGCGAAAGCCUUUCAACUGAUUUUAAACAGUUUUUUGUUGUUUGAAGCUUCCUUGGAACACAGAUUUUUGACGUAAAAUAACUUUGAGUUGAAAAAUGAGAGGGAAAAAAAAUUUAUAGUAUACACUUUUUUGGGAAAAUUGCGGCAUGAUGUUAUAAAAACACUUUUCUGAACUGUUUUCAGUUGAUUUUCUGCUUUUUCUAUCACGGUCACAAUCAGAAUUAUGACAAAAGUUUUAAUGUUUUUUUUCGCCUCGGAGAAACUUUUGUUUUGCUGAUAACACUUUUUGAAACUACGGUAGCUGCUCAUUGUGCAAACACGCUGACGCUUUAGUGUUGAAAAUUUUCACGACUUUUUGAAGGCUUUUUCAUGUAAAAGUUUACAUUAAAUGAUUUUAGGACACGAGAAUAAAAAUAUUUUUUUGAAUGUAAUUGCGCUCUAAUGAACAUAAAAAACUGUUUCAAGUGUUUUUUUAUUAAAAUUUAAAGCUUCUUUCCAAAUUUUCAAUGUUUGCCUCGAUUUGUUGGAAAUUUUUAUCAUGUGACGGUAACUAUUUUUGGAACCACAGUGUCCGGAAAUAACGCUUGUAGUUUCAUAGAACGAAAAAUGCUAAAAUUGGGAUCAGGGAGUUUCAAAAAUCAUGGGUCGACUAACUGCAGUACUUUCAAUAUUUCAUUUUUAUUUAAUUUUUUUGAAAAAUGCAAAGGAAUAUUAUCUAUUAACACUUAUUUUCAGGUUUUUUUGCACAUUUUUUUCUUUUUUUCAGAUUUUUUUAAAAAUAUGCAUGACAUUUUUUUCUAUCAUUCUAACUUUGGAUCAACCGCAAAUUUUUUUGAUUUUUUUCCCUAUUAAUUUCAAAUAUUUUUUUCACAAACUGCUUUUUGUACCUCACCUUCUCAGUGAGAGUUCUGGGUGUCUGGAAAAUUCGGAUUUUAUUUCAGUUGGGCGGAUCUUUGACGACGACCAAUCGGGCGCCGUCAAUCGGAGCGUCGUCACGAGAAACUCCUUCGGCGAGCGCUGGUCACUUUUCUUUCUCGUUUUUGAGUCUACUUUGGAGCCUUUGAGAGCGAGAGAUCACCGGAGAACAAGAGAGCGUUCAGAGAAAAAAAAAGCUCGCUCUUUAACUUCCAAAACUUUCUCGAUCUCUACUCUUUUCAGACAAGAAGAAGAGAUCGCUUUUGUCGUUCAAUCGUCGAAAGACGAGCGAAGUCCGACUUGGCGCCGAUGGGAAGCUCAUAACCAAUGGGUAAGAGCUCCAAAAUGAAGGAAAAUCAUCUUGAAUGGUCUUCAGCUACGAUGAUAGCCAAUACACGAAGCGUCCCAGCUCGCCGAUCGAAAGAAUCAAAUCUUUGUUCCGAAAGUCCGAUGCCCCGUCUAGCCAUGCUGACUACUACAGCGCUAAUCGGUAUAUUUUUCUCGAAAAUCCAGGAAAGUUGGGUUGACAGUGUGAAGUUGAACUGGCAAGAAGAGAAUUUUCUGUUUUUUCUUACAAACAGAGAGGAAAAUUUAAGUUGUAAAGCAAUUUUCGGCUAACCAGGAAAUAUUCUCUCUCUCACCAAGUUUUCUAGAUGUAGUUUUUCAUGCUGAUCUCAAAUCCGGUCUCAAAAACUGCCGAGGAGCUAGGUGAAAAAAGCUAUGGACCCUCAAAAGUCGAAAAAUUCAGUGGCUCCGAAUGAGCUCAUUUUUGAAGGGUAAGCAUGAAGAACAAAUAUUCCAAUAUUCGGACAAAAAUAAUUCCUCAAAAAAAAGUCUAUAGCGUUCAAUGAUUCCAAAAAGGUGCAAAAAGUUCAGUCUUCAAUUUUUUCCCUCUUCUCAUUUUGUUAAAAAAAGCUUUGGAAGCCUUUUUUGUUCAAUUUCCGUGAAUUUAAUACUUCCCCGCUUGAAAUAGAAAAAGGGCCCGGCCAGGGUUGUAUGAGGGCCGGCCCGUCAGCUGAGGCCCGACCCGGCCCGGCUUUAGCGAGUCCUCAAGUAAAAACGGCCGAAAAAGCGGAAACUUUCUCCAAGUCAAAUACAUACCAGACACACGAAAUAUGAAAAAAAUUCCCAAUUGUGAUCGUUUUUUUCUCUUAAAGUUCAAUAGAAACAUGAAAAAUACAAAAAAAUUUUUUUCGAGAAAAAAAUUUUUGUGGGGUUUUUUUGAAUUUUUUUUUUAAACCGGGCCAGGCACGAGCCUGCGCAUGCUUCUUAACAGGAAACGUAAUAGAUCUUGUUUCCGAGUUAUGGAGCUUCAAAGUCCGCAAAAUACGCAAAUUCUGCCAAAAAAGCGCUAUUUCGGGCUUUUGAAGUGUCCUAACUCGAAAACGAGAUCUAUUGCGAGAAAUUUUCUUUUUGUUCUAGAAUCAGGGAGUCCUACACUUCAGCAAAGUUCCAGCGAAAGUUUAACCAGGGGGGUAAAAAACGUUCCCUAGUUAGCGAAAAGUUAGGCCGAAAACCCGGACGCCCAAGCCUCGGCCAUGGCGAUUUUUCACAGUAAAUUUAGAGAUAGUACAGUAGAGCAACUUAGCCUUGGUUCAAAAUGUCAUUGAUUUUUUUCGGACAUCAGAAUAUGUAUUCAGAACCAGCGCCUAUCCUUCGUCCGCCACUGCCGCUUCUUCCAGUCCCAGGGAACCUUACGUCGCACAGUACAGAAAGUAUCCAGGUUUGAAAUCACAAAAGUCUUUGAACCUUUCCAGAACAUCUUACAACGACGCUUAUCUAUUUGUAGAACCGAAAUUUUUAUUCUGUGUCCCUCAAGUUUCAAUUUUACUUAUUUCAAAUAAUUUCGAACGAAAAACACACCAAUUCUGAAACCUCUGACAUCAUUUCAUAAAAAAAUAAAAAUGGAGAAUUCGGUCAGGUUCUUCGUCGCGAGACCCAUCGACAGCCCUGAACCGCUACAGCUACACUCCCGGACUGACCGACCAAAGGCGUCAUUGGUACGACGACCCGAAUAUCUACUGA